AUGAAUGCUACUUUCAUCGUGGACGAGAAUGGGGUUUCGGAGCAUAAGGCUCAGGAACCUUUUUGGUUACAGAUCAUGCUCAUUAGAAGACUCUCGGUGAUAAUUGCUGCAAUAAUUACGUGUUUCAUGACCAAGUAUUGCUCGGUCGGAACAAAAAUUGUCUCGGGCGGGUCUAGACAGACUCAGGUAGCGAGAAAAGCGAUGAAAACGACGGAAAUGCUACUUGUUAAAUAA